UCAAUUAGGAGUAGUAAUUGCUAUUUAGUGUUCUGCAAAAUGACAAUUCUAUUGUAUCAUAGGUUACCAUCACGUUCAAUGCUGAGAGGUGAACCAAUAGAUCUACUGGUGUCAAAUGUUAACAUUUUACUGUCUGUAAGCUCUUUAGGUAGCUCUCGCAUUGAUCAUAAAAACAAAAUUGCCAGAUUUGUACAACCAGGUAGGGUAGUUGUACCUCUAUUGAACAAAGAAAAGCCUUUCGACAAUGUACAGAAUCCAAACAAAACUCCUGUAUCUGCUGCACCCAAGAAGAGCCAGAAAAGAAGUGUUGGAGCUAAGAAACACUGUUCUAACAUUUCUAUUACUAAUUUAUUUGGUGAUCAAAGAAUGGAAAGUGAGCGAGAAGAAACUCCUUUGGAUUUACCAAACCUACCAAUUCAACCAAAUAUUCUGAAAUCUUUUCCAAUCUCGAAAUCAUUAGUUCCACUUCUUACGACCAGAGUUCCUGCUGUUGAUAAACAGAAUCCUUUGAUUAACUCUCCUUUUGAGAGAAGAGGAAAAUCAAGAAAUCAGUUUAUGCAUAUGCCCGAAGAACUCGACCAACUAGAUUGGGCUGGAUUACCCGAACCGAAGACCAAAGAACAGCUGGAUGAGAUCAUGCGCUUGUUUCACGCGGCAGUGCAUGAACGCAAUGUAGUUUGUUGUGUGUGCGACCAGUUUCUACGCAUCGAAUAACAUAAGAAUCGAACGUCCACGAAAAAGUCGUUGAAGCGUUGUCUGGAAACAAAAUUCUUUCCCCUAGCGACACUAAGUCAGAGAUUUACGUUGUGAGACCUGACAACAGUUUUGUUUCAGACUCGAACCCCAACUAUCUUCAAAUCCAUUUUCCUGAUUUACUACUUUUCGGCAGAGGUGGAACAGGCGAAACAAGACCUUUCAAGUUCA